AUGAGAUUCACCACCCUCGUUUCACUUGCUGCUACAUUCACCAGUAUUCUCUCUUUCCCAAUUGAGAAACGUGCUAUUAACGUUACUGCAAUUGCCGAAGAGAUUCCUGAUUCUGGUGACGAUGAUAUUCAAACUUCAUAUGGUAAACCUUUUGCAGUUUACCAGCCCAAGGCAUUUAUUGUGUCAAUGUUUGAGCUUGAACGUGAUCCAUGGCUAAAAGCAAUGGACUUUGUGCACAAUAUCACCAUUCCUGGAUUGUCACCAGUUUACCCAACAUUGCAUUGUACUACAAACUAUACCAUUUGUCAAAUCACUACGGGUGAAGGUGAAAUCAAUGCUGCUGCUUCCAUCUCUGCUCUUACAUUGAAUCCCUUGUUUGAUUUGACAAAAACAUAUUUCUUGAUUGCUGGUAUUGCUGGUGGCGAGCCGGAGUAUACUACUUUGGGCGGUGUUACAUUUGCAAAGUUUGCUGUGCAAGUUGGAUUGGAGUACCAAUUUGCAUAUGAAGAUUACAUCGAGACCGAGUCUAAUUGGACUUCAGGGUAUGUUCCAUACGGUACCGAAGAUCAAGACACGUACCCGGGAAAUGUUUAUGGUACCGAAGUUUUUGAAGUAAAUGAAAAAUUAAGAGACAGAGCAGCAUUCUUGGCAUCAAACGCGACAUUGAACAAUGGUAAUACUUUAAACAAAAAGUUUAGAAAAUUGUAUAAUGAAACAGCCGCCAGAGGUGAUGCCAAAGUAGUCAAGUGCGACGUCUUGACUAGUGACAAUUAUUUCACUGGUAAUGUGUUGAAUGAUUAUUUUAGUGAGUUGACCAAAUUAAUGACCAAUGGUUCAGCCACAUACUGUUCUACUGCACAAGAAGAUAACGCGUCAUUGGAAGUAUUUACCAGAUUGGACAAGUAUGGUUUGGUUGACUUCGAUAGAGUGAUUGUUAUGAGGACGAUUUCGGAUUUCUCUAGACCACCACCAUCAAUGUCCGCUACUGACUACUUCUUUAACAGAACAGAUGGUGGUAUCGAGGCAAGUUUGGAUAAUUUGGUCAUUGCCGGUACGCCAAUCAUCCAUGAUAUCUUGCACAACUGGGAAACUGUGUACGAAAAAGGCCAAAAGUAUUCUUCAAAAAACUAUGUUGGAGAUAUCUUGAAUACUUUGGGUGGUACUCCAGACUUUGGCAAGUCCUCCUUUGACAUUGCAUAG